AUUUGAGUGGCGUUGUCAAAGAGGCAUAAGGCGACGUCGUUUUGCUGCUACCGCUGCAAAGUUCAAACAUUGUUGUUUUUUCCCAGUUACUGUGUCAUGAUGAGGGUUUUGGGGUUUAUCAACAACAGCUUCAAUGGCCUCCAAAAACACCAAGGUAUUGCCAAAAUCAAAUUCAAAGCAAACCCACUUGGGUUCAAUCAAUUUCGAAGCAGAGGCUUAUCAGACUCCAAGUUUUUCAAUGGCAAUGAUACGGUGCUUCCGGUUCUUAUCGUUGGUGCUGGACCAGUCGGUCUCGUUCUCUCUAUACUUCUCACCAAACUGGGUGUCAAAUGUGCAGUUUUGGAGAAAGGCAAGAGUUUUUCUAAACAUCCACAGGCACACUUCAUCAACAAUCGAACAAUGGAGGUGUUUCGAAAGAUAGACGGGCUGGCAGAAGAGAUCCAGAGGUCUCAACCUCCUGUAGAACUAUGGCGAAAGUUUAUAUAUUGUACUUCGCUCUCUGGUUCUAUUCUUGGUUCAGUGGACCAUAUGCAACCUCAAGAUUUUGAGAAAAUUGUGAGUCCUAUCUCUGUUGCGCACUUCUCACAGUACAAGUUAACUGCAUCUCUACUUAAGCAGCUAGAAGAUCUUAGUUUCCAUAUUCAUACAUCAGAAGCCUUUGAAGGCCUUAAUUGUAGGCCCCUCAAGGGACAGGAAAUUUUAAUGGGGCAUGAGUGUGUAUCCAUUGAUGCCACUGGUCAAUGUGUUGAUGUCACCGUUGCUUUCCUCAAGGAAGGGAAGUACAUGGAGAAGAAUAUUCAGUGUAAUAUCCUUGUUGGUGCUGAUGGUGCAGGAAGUACCAUACGAAAGCUUGUAGGAAUAGAUUUGAGAGGUGAGAAAGACAUGCAAAAGCUUGUCAGUGUUCAUUUUCUGAGCAGAGACCUUGGACAAUACUUGAUAAAUGAGAGACCUGGUAUGCUAUUUUUUAUCUUCAAUACUGAAGCCAUUGGGGUCCUUGUUGCUCAUGAUCUCAAGCAAGGGGAAUUUGUAUUACAGAUGCCAUUCUAUCCACCUCAGCAAAACAUUGAAGAUUUCAGCCCUGAGAUAUGCAAGAAGUUGAUAUUCAAAUUGGUCGGUCGAGAGCUUUCAAACAUAGAUGUGAUCGAUAUAAAGCCAUGGGUGAUGCAUGCGGAAGUUGCUGAGAAGUUUGUAUGCAAUGACAAUCGAAUAAUACUAGCUGGUGAUGCUGCUCAUCGGUUCCCUCCAGCUGGUGGUUUUGGAAUGAAUACUGGCAUUCAAGAUGCUCAUAAUCUUGCUUGGAAAAUAGCUUCUGUUGUAAAGGGUAUUGCACCAUCUUCAAUACUUGAAACUUAUGAAACGGAACGUAAGCCGAUUGCCAUCUUCAAUACGGCACUUAGUGUGCAAAACUUCAGAGCAGCCAUGUCAGUUCCAGCUGCACUUGGUCUUGAUCCAACUAUUGCAAACUCUGUACAUCAAGUCAUUAAUAGUGGAGUUGGUUCUGUUUUACCUUCUGGACUACAGAGGGCAAUUCUGGAUGGAAUUUUUACAAUAGGCCGUGCACAGCUCUCUGAACAUCUUCUGAAUGAAAGCCAUCCACUUGGAUCUAUGAGGCUUGCUAAAUUAAGACAUAUAUUUGAAGAAGGAAAGAGCCUUCAACUCCAGUUCCCUGCCGAGGAUCUUGGUUUCAGGUACCGGAAGGGAGCACUAAUUCCUGAGAGUGACAGUGUGCUGGCUGCCCCAGAACAGCCUACUGGUCGUCGGAGGGACUAUAUUCCUUCUGCAGAUCCAGGGUCAAGGCUGCCCCAUAUGAAUGUGAAGGUGUUAUCCAAUUUAUCAAAUGAGGAGAUCUGUUCUACACUGGAUCUUGUAUCCGGAGACAAAGUUGAGUUCCUUUUGAUUAUUGCACCAGUUGAAGAGUCUUAUCAUCUUGCUCAUGCUGCAUUCAAGUUGGCUAAGGAAUUUGAAGUUUCUGCUAAGGUAUGUGUUUUAUGGUCUGCUGGUACUAAAGGAAUUGAAGGAGGAAGUAAUGCUGCAUUGACACCUUGGGAGAAUUACAUAGAUGCUGUGGAAGUUAAAAGGUCAUCCACUUCACCAUCAUGGUGGGAUAUCUGUCAGAUGACUGACAAAGGAGCCAUCCUAGUUAGGCCUGAUGAGCACAUUGCUUGGCGUGCAAAGUCGAGAGUUGUCGGGGAUCCUAUUAUGGAGAUGAAAAGGGUUUUUUCUGCAAUAUUGGGUGUAGAUUCUACCAAAAGAUAGGAAACCAUAUACUAACACUCUGACCUGUAUUUGAAUUCUGCACAUGCGUUGGAAGGAGAUGUCUUACCUGCAAGUAGCUACAUACCUCUUGCAAUCUGGAUGUGCAGGCCUGAUUGAUUUAUUCUUUCAUGAGAUAGAUUAAAUUUUGAAUAAGUAUAGUGAUAAUCUUUUCCACGGUUGUUGAGAUGAUAAACUGAGUGGUGGGUAAUAAAAGUAGUGUUAAGUGGUGAGUUUAUAUUAAAGCAAUUGUUCACCUCUCAAAACUUGCUGUCGUAUUAAGUUGUGAGAAAAAGUUGUAUAAGAGCUGUUUAAUAUUUUGGCUGGGAAUAACCACAAUACAUUGUAUAUGUUUCUGCCCUUUUAAGCUUGCUAAUGCCAAAAGUAGUGGUAUAUAUCAAUAUGCGAUAUAUUCAGUACCUAUUUAA